GAGACCGGAAGCGAGAGGAAGGGAUACUUGAGCUUGGGAGACGGAGGUUGCAGAGAUGGAGCUGAGCGAGCUGCUCUACAAUAAGUCCGAGUACAUCGAGACGGCAUCUGGAAACAAAGUCAGUCGCCAGUCAGUUCUGUGUGGAAGUCAAAAUAUUGUCUUAAAUGGAAAGACAAUCAUAAUGAAUGACUGCAUUAUUCGAGGGGAUCUGGCAAAUGUAAGAAUUGGGCGCCACUGUGUUGUGAAAAGCCGUAGUGUCAUAAGGCCACCAUUUAAGAAAUUCAGCAAAGGAGUGGCAUUCUUUCCUCUUCACAUUGGUGACCAUGUCUUUAUUGAAGAGGACUGUGUGGUCAAUGCAGCCCAAAUCGGUUCAUAUGUCCACAUAGGCAAGAACUGUGUGAUUGGCCGACGCUGUGUAUUGAAAGACUGUUGCAAAAUUCUAGACAAUACAGUAUUACCUCCUGAAACUGUAGUCCCACCAUUCACCGUCUUCUCAGGCUGUCCAGGACUCUUCUCUGGGGAGCUCCCAGAGUGCACCCAGGAGCUGAUGAUCGAUGUCACCAAGAGCUACUACCAGAAGUUCUUGCCACUGACGCAGAGAAUGAAAUGGUGGAAAAGCUUCAAUAGAUGACCAGGUUAAGAAUUCACUUUCAAGCUGUUGGUUACUUCAGCACAUAUGUAAGUGCCCUGUUCAGAUGCUCCAUUUCAAGCAGCCAAUCACAAUCAAUAAUAAUCUCUGAUUAUGAAACAGGAAUGCUGGGGAAUUUUGAUUACAUCAGGUACCAGGGGAGAUGGCUUAGAUGAGAGAGAAUGGUUGAAAUUUGGGGGUUGGGGGUAGGAGAUGGUAACUAAUUCAAGAAUCAAAAAAUGGCCAGAUUGUACAUACCUACAUGUUGGGAACAUUCCCAAAGCUUGAUGAAGAACUUGAUGUUCUCUCCUCCCCUUUCAGAUUUCGAAGUCUUUCUUUGGAUAAUUCAACCCUUCAAGACCUAAAUUAAAUUUUUUUUUGUCUUUUAUCAAGGUGACCCCAACCAGGGUAUAAAAACAAAUCGCCAGUGAAGACAUCAAAAAAGCAACCUGCUUAAAACUCUUUAAAUUAGCCACUCUAACCUCCAAGUACCAGCCUACCUAGUUCUCUUGGAGGUUUCUGACUCUACAGUUUUAAAUUUGCCUAGGUUGAGAGAAUAGGGAAUAAGGGAUCCUGGGAGCAUUUUGUCUGGUUGCUGCUGCCUCAGGAAUAUUUGGCUUCACAGACCUUAAUCCCUAAAGCCAUCUUGCAGGAUGAGGUCCUUGGGGAAACAGUAGUGGGGAGAAAAGGCAAUUAGGUUGGUCUGUGUAAGAAACUAAUUUGCCACAUUGACAGUAAUAAAUCAUCCCUCUGUUAUAC